AUGAUGAAAAGAGGAUUCACUGGUGGUUAUGGGAGCCAAACUGAAGUUCUAUGGCUAACUGAUUUGGUUCUAUGUGAACCAAUGGAGCUUUAUAACAUCUUGAAUCAGGUCACAAAACUAUCCAGAUUGACUGAACCCAACUAUCUCUGUUUAUUGGAUGUGCGUUCCAAACAGGAGUAUGAUGAAAGCCAUGUGAUUACAGCCCGUCGAGUGAAGAAGAUAGCAGAUGAAUAUCUUAUCCCGGAAUCUAUGGAUCUAGAGUGUGUGAAGUACUGUGUGGUGUAUGAUAGCAAUACCAGCUGCCUGAACCUAAUCCUAAAAGAUGACAGUCACAAGUCUGGCAGUAGUAGAAAUGAUCUGUUUGCUGGAGGAGCUGCCAUUGAAUGUGGCAAAGCCAUAGCCCAUCUCACCCGCUACCCUGUUAAGAUCCUGAGAGGAGGCUAUGAGUCCUUCUCAGCCAAGUACCACUUCUUCCGGACGCAGAAGAUCAUCUGGAUGCCACAGGAAUUGGAUGAAUUUCAGGCAUAUCCUGUUGAAAUAGUGCCAGGAAGGAUCUACCUGGGUGAUUUCAGGCAAGCCUGUGAUCCUAAAAUUCAGAAGGAUUUGAAAAUCAAAGCACAUGUCAAUGUCUCUAUGGAGACAGGACCAUUUUUUGCAGGUGAUGCUGACAAGCUUCUGCACAUCCAGAUAGAAGAUUCCCUGGAAGCCAUCAUUUCCCCCUUUCUGCGCCACCUCUGUCACUUUAUUGAUAUCCACCUUGAUCUUGGCUCUGUCAUCCUGAUAUUCUCCACCUUGGGCAUCAGUCGCAGCUGUGCAGCCAUCUUGGCCUACCUCAUGCACCGGAACGAGCAGACCUUAAAGAAGUCCUGGGAGUACGUCAAGAAGUGCAAAAACAACGUGCGUCCAAACCAGGCUUUAGUGGCUGAGCUCUCAGAGUGGGAGGCGAUUGUUCUCGGAGGCCUCGUCACAGAUACCACAGUUGCAUUCUCCUGA